UUGCAUAGGACGAGGUUCGUCAGCAGUGGGGCGAGGGAGAGAGGAUCGAGGGUGCUUUUGUACUGCUGCGUAAUGAGGGUACUCAUCACUGCUCUUGGCUGCUGCGGCUGCGUCGGCGUGUCUGCGUUCGUGACCCCGCUGUCUGGACAUGCCAAGUCAGGUUUCGGAGGAGGCCUUGCCGACACCUCCCGGCGAGGGGCCCGGCCGCUACAUGUACGUGUGGCGAUGAUGUCUUCGAGGCUCCCUGUCGUCCCCGACACCGACGCGCCGCGAAGCAACAGCGCAGCCUUGCCGUUUCUUCCCCGACCGGAAGCCCUCGAUGGGACCAUGAUCGGAGACGUUGGCUUCGACCCGCUAGGGUUUGCGGCUAAAGGCAACCUGGAUCGGUGAGCGGCGGAAGACAACUUGAAUAGUUGUGGAUCAAUGUGGAGUUGAAGCAGUUGCCUUGAUUGUACGGGAGGCUGUAUGUCGAGGUUGGGGGCGGCGACGUGAAACCGAAAGGGUAGGCUGGUGGGUUAUGUGUUUUUCGGUCGCCGUGCUGAGCUUGCCGCUUCCAGGCCGCUCCCACCGUGAGCCCUCUCGAUUGCAUUUUUUUUCGCGACUGCUGUUUCGCUGUGUUGUUUUUUUCGUCCCUGUUUCGCAGGUUAUGUGGUGGGGAUGAUGUGUUUCUUUUUUCCCUUGUUCCUUUCUCACGUGCCGCCCCCCCACCGCUCUAAUCCCGUCGCUCGAGAUGUUGACAUCAAACGAAACUCCAGGUAUAGGGAGGCGGAGCUAAAGCACGGACGCUUGGCGAUGGUGGCUCUUGCAGGCUGGCCGGUGGCGACGUUGUUCCUCGGCCUGCUCACGAAACUGAUUCCGCCGGCGACGGUCUGCACCGGGAACGGCUGCGCGAUCGAUCAGACGUGGUCGGGCAGUGCCCUCCCUCUCGAAGCAAUUGGCAACGUAUCCUUCGUGUACUGGGGGUCGGCGCUGGCCCUCGCAGUUGCGGCGGAAGUAGUUGCGAUUCGCAGAAAAAAGUCAAGCGUGGGUCGCAUCGGGCCGGACGAGUAUAGAGCCGGUGACCUCGGGCUUGACCCCUUAAACUUGGCCGACGACGAGAUGAGGCUGCGAGAGAUCAAGCACGGCCGGCUAGCGAUGGCGGCCUUCGCUUUCCACUACGCGGGGGUGUUGCUGGAGAAGAAAGGCGUUGUGGUGGGACACCAGCUGUGGGGAUCGGUCUGCGUCUACAACCUCAAGUGGGGUCUGAGCUCGCUGCCCCCCCCAAUCUGCUACCCAAGGCCCGAGGCUGCUCUUGACACGACUCUCAGCUGGGAGAUCAUGUACAGGGUGUUGUCGGGAUUCUUCAAAGAGCCCUAUUAUUGAUGCGAUGGCGUGACAUGCUAAACGCGCCACAGGAUUCUUCGAAGCACCGUUGCUGACCGUGCUUUUUAUGCGAUGGCGUCGCGCGUGGCAAACAAGAGGCGCGAUAAGUUCAUGUGGUGGAGGGUUCCGAGAAUGGUCCGAGAACGGUUCGAGAACGGUUUGAGAACGGUCGUCCGAGCCAUGUGCCGAAUAGAUUCACACUUUUUGCCAUGAGUUGUUUGAUGGUGAUUGCUUGGACUCUUCUUUCGUUGUCGACCUGUGGCUGCAUGGGCACUAACUCCACGUGCUGAUGCGUGUUUGUUGUGUUUUCUCAAGCAUGUCGGCCAAAGUACAAUGUGGCGAGGGAGUUUCUAACAUCACAGGCAGCGCGAUAAAAAAGUGGAGGGAGGAGGGGCUGAACGCGUUUCGAAAGGGUUCGUGGGAUUCGGUGCCGGGGGUAACGAGUCCUCACCAUGUAAAAAAUGGAGGCUGCAGUGACUGUUUUUUUUUUUUAGACUAGCGUUGUUUAGUGAUGUUUUUGUUCAUUCUUGAUUGGUGGGCGUAGCCAUUUCAUGUUCGUGAACGCUUCUCUCAACCAAGAGGUGGUGUGCUUUCGCGUGCAGCCAUGUAGUGUGCGAUGGAUCGAACCGGACAUGACGCGACAGGCAUAGAUGCUGUAGGUCGUUUCAGGGAUGAUGAAACCCCAGGCGACGGGGAGUACAUUUUCUCGAAGGACCACAUGGUAGGCAUAUAGAGUAGAAGUUGCCAAAAAAGUCUCGAGGUAUCAAAUAGUAUUCGCGCCCGUUCACUCCAGAAGGGGGGAGAGGACUAAGAACCCAUGGUUGCAUUUUUCCGUAUAUGCGCGGUGUCGUUGGCGGGGGGAAAUAUUCCGCGUGGCCCCAGCCAUGAGCCAGACUAAUACAGGUACACAAUGCGCUGGUGCAUACUGCACUG